AUGCUUUGUUCUCUAACACUUUAUAGUAGUAAUCCCCCAAAACCAACAGAAGAUGAUGUAACCGAUUCGAAUACUGAUCCUAUCAUUGGAUUAUUGAAAACUUUCUCAAGAUUUGGAAAUUCACGUGAACUCUUUUUGAGUAUUACUGGAACGAUCUCUACUAUUUGUCGUCAGGAUACAUUUUCAGAAGAUGAUGAUGAAGAUGAUGAUAGCAUUCAAGGAUUCUCACAACCUUUGAUCGGUUCUGGAUUUAUACUGAUUAUGGUUGAAAUCCUUUCGAUUGUACUUAACCGGAUCCUCAAAACCUCUAAAAACCCGAUAUCUUUUUUUCAAACGUAUUCGAAAACUACAAUCGAACUAUUGAAGAACUUACCAAGUUGUUCAUCACCUUAUCAACACUUGAAAUUAUUAAUCGAUCAAUCUUUAUCAAUCUACAACUCAACUCCAUCACUCAGAUUACACAUUAUAACGUUUUUACUCUAUUCUAUUUAUUUAGUUAUAUGCGAUAAAAAAAUAAUUUCAUCAGGUAGAACAUGUUUUAUGAAAAAGUAUCCACGUUGGAAUAGUAGUUUGGAAAGAAUCGACAAUUUAGAUCACGAAAAAAUGCAAAAGAUUGAAAUCAUAGAUGAACAAGAGUCUAAGAUGAUUUGUGAUUUGUUAGGAGAAUUUGGUUUGAACUUUGGUUUUGAUCAAGGUUUUGAGUCAGGGGAACUCGAGAAGGGAAUAGAAGUUACAAAAGAGCUCUUGGUUGAUUAUUUCGGUGAUGAAGAAGAGUUAAAGAAGAUACUCAGAUCGAGUCGGUUUUUGAUCUAUGCGAUGAACCAAUUCAAUCAAUGGGAAGAGACUGGAUCAAUCGAUUCUUCAAUUCACAUUGAUGAAGAAGUUUUAAUAGAAGCACUCGAGGACUCUGAUACCAAUAUGAUCCAAGCCGGGAUAUUUAUAAUCCUCUCGUCUUCUGUUCCUCUAGAAAGUCGAAACUUCAAACUGAUAGAUUGUUUAGCAACGUGUUCAGUUACAAUCUUUUCAGCUGAACUUAGGUUUUUAUGUUUUAGAACAUUGGUCCACUUGAUUGAUUCUCUUGAAUUCAAGACCAAAUUUGACUCUUUCUUACAUCUCUUUAACACUAGUUCAAAGUAUAUCAAAUUAGAAAAAGCAUUAGUUAAUUUGGUCAAAGAGAAAAUGGCAGGGUCUUUGGGAAAGGCGACGGAAGAUCAAAAGUUUUGGUGGUCUAAGGAAUGGGUUUUGAGAGUUCCUGGAUUGAUUGACUGUACUGAUGGAAUCAAUUCUCAAAACUUGGAACUUGUGAUUGAAAAAGUUAAUUUUGCUUAUUUCUUGUUAAGAUCAGAUUUUGAAACUCAAACAGGUAUUAAAAAUGAUGAAAUGAAAGAAAUGAUUACAAGAAACUUGAUCAUUCCUGCUUCUCAGUUUUCAGAAAAUUUUCAGAUUGACAAAGAAGUAGAUGAUGAAGAUAAAUCUAAAGUUUUAAUGAUGUUAAAUUCUUUAAGAUUUAGUUUAAGUUUAAUCAAUUCUAUUGAAUAA